GCGAGGAUAAAUCUUGCUGUUGCGAGUCUGUCAUAAGGUUCAGUCGAAUAAGUAUUGUUUAUAUAUCUGUUUGAUGUUGUUUUCCAAAUAUCUUGAGAAUAACGAAAUUAGGAAUUAUGUAUUCAAGAAAAAAGCACAAUGUACUGUAUGUUAAACCGGAAGAACCAAAAUUUCUACGAGACAUGAAAGAACAAAUUGGGUACAAGGAAGGUCCUACUGUUGACACAAAGAGAGAAGUGUUACCAGAAAUUUCUGAUAAUGAUGAUGAUGACAGAGAAGAGAGAGCUGACGAGAAGCCUGUUGUCGUUGUGGUAAAAUCUGGUGAUUUAACAGCGGAAGAAGCAAAUGCUUUUAAAAAACAGAAAGACGAAGAAGAAAAUAAUACUCGUGCUGAUCUAUCUAAAAAGGUCGUAUUUCGCAAGACCAAAGCAACAGAAACAGAGAAAGAAAGUGACGCGACUGUCACAGAUAAACCUGUAAAAAAGAAACCAAGAAGAGAAAAGCAGAAAGUUGUAUUAUCCUUUGAUGCUAAUAAUGAUGAUGACAACUGAGAGAGUGCAAGCACCCAAUUAGAAAGUUCAGGGAAGGAAAAUAGAAAAUAUUUCUAUUAUCAUAGUUUGUAAAUUGUUUAUGAAAUAUGAAAAAGAAACUACAGUAAAAUGUAAAGAGGGCAUGUAAG